AUGAAGGACAGAGACUUCACGCUCACAUCCACGGUGGACCUUCUGGCCCCCGGUGUCAAUAUGCCCCGUCUCGGCUUCGGCAUCUACCGAGUCCAGCCCUCCGAGACAUUUGACGUGGUACUCGCCACGCUGGGGGCUGGAUACCGCCACCUCGACUCGGCGCAGCUGUACAACAACGAAGCCGAGCUCGGCCAGGCCAUCCGCAAGUCCGGCCUCGCGCGCAAGGACGUCUUCCUCACCACCAAGAUCCGCUACCCGGGCAUGAACAAGGCCAAGACCUGGAAGAAGGUCCUCGACAGCGUCAAGAAGGUCUCCGGGGCGGAGGUGGCCUCCGGAAAGAAGAGGAAGCGAGCCGAUGAUGGAGUGCCUGCUGAGGCGCAGGCGGACGGUGGCGCUGAGUAUGUGGACUUGUUCCUGGUGCACACGCCGUACGGGGGGCCGAACGCCAAGAAAGGGCGCAGGGAGAUGUGGCUUGCGCUGGAGAGGGCGUUCGAGGAGGGCAGGGCUCUGGCCAUUGGCGUCAGUAACUACAAGGUCGAGCACCUUGAGGAGAUGAGGGAGUAUGCUAAGGUGUGGCCGCCGCACGUCAACCAGAUACAGAAACGUUGGGUGCCUCUGCCGAAGAGCGAGGGACCGGAGAGGAUGAAGGCGAACACGGAGGUGUUCGACUUUGUGAUUGAGGAUGGGGAUAUGGAGAUGCUUGAUGGGCUUGAUGGAAAGAAGUUGGGCUAUUUUGAGUGA